CGCGAGCUUCCCGUUUGAAAACAUGGCGCCAGCGGGCCUGAGGCUGGUGCUUAGCGAGGAGACGGUGCGGGCAAAGAGCGGCCUGGCGCCUCACCGCGACCUGGCUGAGCUUCAGUCUUUAUCUAUUCCUGGAACUUACCAAGAGAAGAUUACUCACCUAGGAAAUUCUUUGAUGAACUUAUCAGGUCUGAAAUCUUUAGAUCUUUCACGCAACUCCUUGGUUAGUCUAGAGGGCAUCCAGUACCUGACUGCACUGGAAAGUCUCAACCUUUACUACAACUGUAUCUCCUCAUUGGCAGAAGUCUUCCGGCUCCACCCCCUGACUGAACUUGCAGAUGUGGACUUCCGGCUGAACCCCGUGGUGAAGAAUGAGUCCGACUACCGCCUGUUCAUCGUGCACAUGCUCCCCAAGCUCCGACAGCUGGAUGACCGUCCUGUGAGAGCCAGUGAGAGGAAGGCUUCCCGUCUGCAUUUUGCCUCGGAGGACUCACCUGGCUCAGAGGAGAGCGUUCGUACUGCUCUGACAGUUGGAAGACCUCGCCACUCCAGAGCUACAUGCACUGACGCCUUGGCCAGGAAGUGCGCAGUCAUGGACGCAGACGACGAGGCAGUCCUGAACCUCAUUGCCGAGUGCGAGUGGGACUUAAGCAAUCCUCCUGGGAGCACAAGCUCAGGCCAGAAGGAGCGUGAGGCUGAUAUGCAGGGUUCCCAAGAAUCCAAGCAUCUACCGAGCCCUCGAUCCGUCCGGCACCAGUGUGGGGACAAUGCGCAGCAGGGCCUGGAGAAGAAAGGCCGCCCCCGAGGUUGCUGUGCUGAGAGGCAGCUCCAGAGACAGCGCUGUGGGGAGCUGCCCCUGUCGUGCGGUGCAGUGCCAGGUGCUCACUGCACUUGUGGGCCACAUACCCGCCUUACCCCCCACUCAGAUUCAGUGGACGUUGAGGACUCGGCCUCAUCUUCACAGAAAUCAAGUUUAUCCACACGGAAAGUGCUACACUCUUUGCCUGGCUGUGAAAAGUACAGGAAGCAAAGAAUGCCUGGUGGGAGGUUCCAGGAGCCCUCAGACCAGGAACAUCUGUGCUGCCUGGAGGGGACUGAUGGGCUGUCCAGCACCAAGGAGGAUCUUAGUAGACAGAAUGGCUCAGAGAGCAGGAGCGAGAGGACCUUCUCAUCAGGAACUGGAGAACAGCAGUGUCAGGGUGUGGCCGAUGCCAGGGAGUUAUCUCCCAAAUCACGCCCCGUCGCUGUGCCUGGGGAGAAGGCUGCCCGGGAUGAGGUGCUCCUGGGGGCGUUCCUAGACCUGGUGGACGAGCACUGGGGUGGCUGCAGAUCACUGCACAGCAACACUGUUUUCCUUGCUCAGGCAAGACACAUUUUGUCAUCUGCGCAAGAGUUUACAGCGGCUCCAGACAGCUCCAGGGCUGUGGGUGGGGAAACCAGCCGCCUGGCUAUGGAGAACGAGGCCCUGCACAGCCGCCUGGCGGAGCUGCAGCAGCAGCACAGUGCGCAGAUGGGCGCCAUGACAGCGGAGCUCAGCCACACACACAAGGAGAUGGGUGACUUGAGACAACAUUUAGGCAAAUCUUUGGAGGAGAAUAGUAGCUUGAAAUCUCUUUUGUUCAACAUGAAAAAAGAAGUUAAAAAUGCAGAUGCUUCAGCCACAUUAAGUUUGCAGAUCACUGGACUUCAAACAAGUGUAAAGAGGCUCUCUGGUGAGAUUGUGGAGUUGAAGCAGCAUCUGGAGCACUACGACAAGAUCCAGGAGCUCACUCAGAUGCUGCAGGAGAGCCACAGCUCCCUGGUCGGCACCAACGAGCACCUGCUGCAGGAGCUGAGCCAGGCACGGGCACGGCACAGGGCGGAGGUGGAACAGAUGCACUGGAGCUUCCAGGAACUCAAGAAGACUGUGGCCCUGCGUCCCCACAGUGGUGCUGGCCGCGGCAGCUGCCUGUCCUGACGCCUGCUGAGAAGCUAGAUGUUUUGCACCUGUGUGUAUCUUUCUAGUAUAUUUGCGGGUGAGAGCUGUCUCUUCCAUGUGUAAUUACUGCUGAUGUUUUAAAUGUAUUUAGGACUCAUAGCCCUGUUUUCUAAAGCAUCUUAAAAUGAUAGGAUUAACCCAAGCCCUUUGCAUAUUUUAAGACAAGACACAGUGACAAAUUUUGAGAAAGAAGAUCAUUAAUUUUUCACCAAAUAUCCUGAGAUGAAGUAAAUGCAAUGUGUUUCAGCCUAAUGUAACAGAAAGCUAUGUAUGACAAAGUAAUUUUUGUGUAACAAGCAAUUCUUAUUGAGUGUUAUAUAUUGCAGUGAAAAGCUAAUCUUUUAAGUAGUUCUUUAUAAAAUAUAACUGAAUUUCUCAUUGAAUUCUUUUAUAAAACAAGCUACACACCAUAGUAGGUAAGCAGGAAUAAAUAAAUGCCAAGCUGUAAUGUAAGCAUCAUUUAUAGAUGUGGGAAACAAGCAAAAAUAAUUUCAUGAUAUUUGCAUAAAACAGUAAAAAUAUCUAGCCAAGCCUCAGCUCUAUCUUGUCGCCUAUGGUGUAUUUCUUAAAAUUAUGUCAUAAUAGGACAUAAAACUAGAUUUUUGGAAACUUCAUCUUUUAUGUUAUACAUGGGUCCCUCUAAAAGUUUUGAGACAGACCGUGUUACGUCCAUUAUUUCACUUCCAAGAAACACAGGUGGCAGCGUCCUUUUUGACUCAUGGGGCAGAUUUCACCUUCCUCGGCUUAUCAGUGUUGCAGGGAGGGCUUCAUGUUUCUACCCAUGCACGUUUUAAAUUUCUUGAUUUUUGUGUACCUCAAACUUUAGUAAUGACCCAGUAUUCAAUUUGAUUGGUAAAACAAGACAAUUUUUUUUAAAACAGUGUUUAAUUGAUUUAGGACGAAUGAGCCGGCCUCAAGAAGCAGGUGCCCCAUACAAGCUGUGUGUGGAGUAUGUGAGAAUUGUGUCACCCAAGAAGCCCAAGAAGUGGUCAGUUCUCUCCCCCUCAGAAGAGAUAUUGCUGGACUUCAGCAUGUCCAUCUCUCUUGCCUCUGUUCUGUCAGCAGCACCAGCUUUUUUUUUGUUUUUUUCUUUGUAGACAGUCUCACUAUGUCACCCUCAGCUACAUUGCCCAGCUAGUUUUUUCUUGUUGUCACUGUUGUUCAGCAGGCCUGGGCUGGGUUUGAACCCACAAGCCCCAGUGCAUGUGGCCAGUGCCCUAAGCACUGAGCUACGGGAACUGAGCCAGCACCAGCUUUUGUAAUUUAGCAGGAAAGGGCAUCAGAGGCAGAGUUCUUUAAUUAUCAGAUCAUUUAUUUAAAAGUAUUAAAAGAUUUGAAUAUUAAUCCAUUUUAAGCUUGUAGAAAAUGAUCACAUGCUGUUUCUUUGUUUUUCUUGUUUGGGUUUCAUAAGCUUCUUGGGCCUGUGAGUUUCUAUUUUUCAUCAAAUUUGGAAAAGUUUGGCCACUGUUUCCUCAUGUCCGGUCUGACCCAGCCUCCUAGCUCCCUCCAGCUGCACUUCUGUUAGACACAGUGGUGUCCCACAGGUCACUAGAUGCAAUUUGGGUUUCUAUCCUUCAUUCUCUCAGUGCUGCACUGGGGAUUGCUUUAUUUCCCUGCUGCAAAGUUUACUGGUCUUUUCUUCCUCAUACCUAAUUUGAUACAAUGCCUCUAUAGUGAAUUUUUAACACCAGAAACUGUAUUUUGAGUUCUAAAAUUCUAUUUGGUUCUUUUCAUCUAUUUUUUAUUUUCCAUUAUGUUUCCUUUAACUCCUUAGCCGUAUUUUUAGUAGCUUUACUAGAUAAUUUUCUUUUCAUUUCAAUUUAUGCUCUUACCUAUUUUUUAGCUAUACGGAAAUUAUUAAUAAAUUUGGGUUAAAAAUGUAAUUUUAUCAAUUUUUCUGUUCAAUGAUUCUUUCUCACUUUAUCAGCUGAUAUUAUUGAUAUAUUUGAGAUAUAUGUUAGCUGUUCUGUAUCUUUUCCCCUUUCCACUCCUGCCGGUCCAGGUCACCUCUUCACCUGGUUGGGGCACCUCUGCUCUUCCUCACAUGUGCCUCCUCUGUGCCUUUCCCACUGCUGCCCAUGCUGCCCUCUGGCUUGUGUCACAAGGCAUGAAUAUAGUCACCAUUAACUUGAAGUGUUUUAGCUCCUUACUCUCUUUGCCUCACUUCUCCAUGUCCCAAAUGUCAUCUGUGAUCACUUUCUUUCUGCUUUACAAUUCCUUGCUUGCUGGUGGCAGGUUCUUUUGUUGUCUAAAUAUGCCUCAUUUUAUCCUCAUUUUGGAAAAUGAGCCACUGGGCUAACACUUUGGGCUCCUUUGGGUGCUGCUGCGGUUAUCACCCGGGCAUUUGGUGUCCUUUCCCCUGGAACCAGAACUAGCCUGGGCUCUGAAGCCAACAGAGGGCUGGUACACCUGUCUCUCUUCAGGGCAGGUCAACAGUCCUCCUGUCUGGGCCUGCAUGUGAAAGGCUCCCUCAGGUGCAGAGCAGGCCC